AUGCUGGCAGCGCUCCAUGGCCAUGUGGAGUGUGUGCUAGAGCUUCUUCAAGCAGAUCCGUGCCUCGUGCACGGCACAGACCGGAAGGGCCGUAGUUCACUGCACCUUGCGGCCAUGAGAGGGCACCAGCAGGUGGUCUUGGAAUUGCUGAAAGCUUCAGCUGAAGUGCAUGCCAGAGAUCAGCUUGGUCGCAAUGCUUUGCACUUGGCAACUUUAAGACUCACUGAACGUGACGCUACUUCCGAAAAGAUCGAGCUUGUUGAUGAUGCGCACCUCCCUGUAGUGCUGGCUUUGCUGGAGGCGUCAGCAGAUGUGGAAAUGCAAGAUGCUUUGGGCAAGUCUCCUUUGGACUACGCUGGCAGCGUGAGAGGGCAAGUCCUGGAAGCUUUGGAAGCGAGGAAAACUGGAAUCUGUCGGCUCUAG